GUUUUAGCUUUAGUGUUGUUUGGAUAGACUUUUGUUGAGAUUUCGUUGCAGUCAUGAGAGAAUGUAUAUCUGUCCACGUUGGCCAAGCCGGAGUCCAAAUGGGAAAUGCCUGCUGGGAGCUGUACUGCUUGGAACACAGACUUCAGCCUGAUGGCAUCCUUUCGACUGAAAUGGCUGAGUCAUUGGUGGAUUCAUCCUUUGGCACUUUCUUCAGUGAGACUGGGUCAGGGAAACAUGUGCCUAGAGCUGUGCUUAUUGACUUGGAAGAAACAGUAAUAGAUGAGAUUCGGACAGGAACAUAUCGAUCGCUGUUUCAUCCUGAACAACUAAUUACAGGGAAGGAAGAUGCAGCAAACAACUAUGCUCGUGGUCAUUACACAAUUGGCAAAGAAUUAAUAGAUUCAGUUCUUGACCGGAUUCGAAAAAUGGCUGACCAAUGUAGUGGUCUUCAAGGAUUCUUGGUCUUCCACAGUUUUGGAGGUGGUACAGGUUCAGGAUUCACAUCACUGCUGAUGGAGCGUCUUUCUGUUGACUAUGGCAAGAAGUCCAAACUUGAGUUCUCGGUCUAUCCUGCGCCAAGGAUUUCCACUGCUGUGGUUGAACCUUAUAAUUCCAUCCUUACAACACACACAACUCUAGAACAUUCAGACUGUGCAUUUAUGGUGGAUAAUGAGGCAAUCUAUGACAUCUGCAAUCGGAACUUGGACAUUGAGCGUCCUUCUUAUACCAAUCUGAACAGACUAAUUGCACAAAUAGUUUCUUCAAUUACAGCCUCACUAAGGUUUGAUGGUGCACUGAAUGUGGAUCUAACAGAGUUCCAAACCAACCUGGUGCCAUAUCCUAGAAUCCAUUUCCCAUUAGUUACUUAUUCACCCAUUAUAUCGGCAGAGAAGGCUUACCAUGAACAGCUGUCUGUUCCAGAAAUCACCAAUGCAUGCUUUGAAUAUUCAAAUCAGAUGGUGAAAUGUGAUCCUCGACGUGGUAAAUACAUGGCUUGCUGCCUUCUAUACAGAGGUGAUGUGGUGCCAAAAGAUGUUAAUGCAGCAAUAGCUGCAAUUAAAACCAGGAGGAGCAUCCAGUUUGUAGAUUGGUGUCCUACUGGGUUUAAAGUGGGAAUAAACUACCAGCCCCCAACUGUGGUUCCAGGGGGAGACUUGGCUAAAGUUCAGCGUGCAGUAUGUAUGCUGAGUAACACAACUGCCAUUGCAGAGGCCUGGGCCAGGUUAGAUAAUAAGUUUGACCUCAUGUAUUCAAAGAGGGCCUUUGUACAUUGGUAUGUUGGAGAGGGAAUGGAGGAAGGAGAGUUCUCUGAGGCAAGAGAAGAUAUGGCUGCAUUAGAAAAGGAUUAUGAAGAGGUGGGAACAGAAUCUGUUGAAGCUGGAGAUGAAGAGGAGGAGGAAUAUUAAAAUGCUACCCUUGUGAACGUUGUGUGCAAUAU